AUGCAUUCACAACAGACUGUCUGCAUCCAGGCUCACGUGCUCACAGCCGUAACGACAAUCCUGCCAUCGUUCUCAAUGAGAACUCCGGACUGGCCUCACAUUAGAAAAUUGAGGUUGGCGGACAAUGAUUUCUUGACACCACGACCAGUCAAUUUAAUCAUUGGAGCGGAUUUCUACGGAAGGAUCAUCAAGCCAAAUAUCAUCAAGGGCUCACCAACAACACCAAUUGCUCAACUUUCCAUUUUUGGAUGGCUCGUCAUUGGCCCAGUCAACGAAUCACAUUCAACCACUCAUUAUUCACAUUUUGCAGUUACUCAAGACGACCAGAGCAAUCUGCAAGAGCUGCUCACCAAAUUCUGGGUUCAAGAGGAAUCACCAAUGGAUAUCCCAAGCACGCUCACUCCGGAGGAAGAAGAAUGCGAAUCACAUUUCUGUGCGACUCACUCUCGUGAUCACACAGGAAGGUACAUCGUUCGCAUUCCACUCAAGGCACCAGCAUCGCUCUUAGGCAAUUCACACAAGAUUGCUCAAAGAUGUCUACAAAGCACUUUGCGACGACUCUCCAAGGAUUCAACAUACAACCAGCUCUACGUCGAGUUCAUGAAAGAUUACGAAGAAUUAGGACACAUGGUAAAGGCUCCAGAUCAUCAACGAAUUUCAUCACGAGAGGCUGAGAACGUUGGGCCUGAUGGGGAGAUGACCUUGGCACAUGAUGCUUCGGCAUCAGGAGGGUUGAGGGUCUCUUCUGACGGUUCAACACCUCAGACCUCUGCUCAUCUUCAACCAUAUUAUUUGCCUCACCAUGGAGUUCUACGUCUCGACAGUUCAACAACGAAGCUCAGGGUUGUAUUCAACGGAUCAAAAGCUACGACAUCAGGCAAAUCAGUCAACGAUUUAAUGCAUACUGGUGCUAAUUUGCUCUUGAAUGUUACAGAUGUUCUAAUUUGGCUUCGCCAUUAUCGCCACAUUUUUGCCACAGACAUCACAAAAAUGUAUCGCCAGGUAGCAGUUCACAAGGAUGAUUGGGAUCUCCAGCGAAUCCUUUGGAUCGAUGACGACCGCAAUGUCAUCCCCUACCAGCUCACAACUGUCACGUACGGUACAAAGGCGGCUCCCUUCCUGGCGACACGAGCACUCAUGCAACUUGUUCACGAUGAGGGUCAUCGAUUCCCUCUGGCAACGCCUUCGCUCACACAUGGCAGAUAUGUGGACGAUAUUUUUGGAGGAGCAGACUCAAUUUUGGAACUUGUGGAGGUCGCUCAACAGCUGAUUGCAUUGUGCAACGCGGGCGGAUUUCCACUCGCAAAAUGGCAUGCGACUCACCCAGAUCUUCUACGGGCUGUUUCGUCAUCCACACAAUCGUCAGCUCCCAUAUCAUUUGACGACUGCACUACCAAAUUACUCGGAAUUCAAUGGAUGCCUCAAACCGACAAUUUUGGCUUUUCAUCCACGAUCACAGAUCAACCAAGUAAGUGCUCAAAACGCCUCGUAUUGUCCGAAGUGGCUCGGAUAUUUGAUCCAUUAGGUUUCGUCUCACCGGUAAUAGUACGAGCAAAGAUGCUAUUACAAGAACUCUGGCUACACAAAAUCAAUUGGGACGAUCCAUUACCGUCUCAAAUUGUAUCACGAUGGUUCAUCAUCAGAGAAGAUCUCAACAGCUUGGCCAAGCUAUCGAUCCCAAGAUGGUUCAACACGUGGAGCAAUUCAAUUGUAGAAAUUCAUGGAUUCUCUGAUGCUUCUCAACUUGCCAUGGCAGCGGUGAUUUACAUCACCGUUAGCUCUCCGUCCAACAACUCAACGACGUCACUUGUCUGUUCCAAGACAAAAGUUGCACCGCUGAAGAGGCUCACAAUACCAAGAUUGGAGUUGUCUGCAGCACUCCUAUUGGCAAAACUCACAAAAUAUGUUCAAUCAACGCUCAAGGUAAAGAUCAAUGCAACGCACCUGUGGACGGAUUCUCAAGUUUCGCUCACAUGGAUCAAAUCGCAAGCAUCACGUUGGAAGGAUUACGUUCGGAACAGAGUCAUUCAGAUCCAAGAACUCACUCCAAAUGCGCAUUGGAGGCAUGUUCCAGGUACUUCUAAUCCAGCCGACUGUGCUUCCCGAGGCAUUUCUACAGAUCAACUUCAACGAUUCGAGCUUUGGUGGAAAGGUCCUCCCUGGAUGGCUCGAAAUCAAGAUCAUUGGCCAGAGCAAAAGGAACUCUCAACUUUAAACAGCGAACUCGAAGUUUGCCUCACGGCUUAA